AUGUUAAGGAAUAGAAAAUUAACAAAGAAGGAAGAGAAUGACGACAGUACCAAAGCAGAUAACGUGAUUCAGAGGAAGACGAAGAAGUUUAGUUCAUACAAAUUAAUUGUAUUUAUAUUUAUAAUCCGUCUUAUAAAUUCAUUUACAAUUCAAACAUAUUUUCAAGCAGAUGAAUAUUAUCAAGCACUAGAACCAGCUCAUAAUUUCAUAUAUGGCUACGGAUAUAUGACAUGGGAAUGGAAACAACAGCUCCGUUCUUCAAUCCAUCCAUUAAUCUACGCAUUGGGCUAUAAACUAGCAGGAGAGAAUGGUUUCUUGAUUCAUUCAAUACCAAAAAUUAUCAAUGCAAUAAUUGCAACAUCAAUAGAAUACAAUCUAUAUAAGUUUGUUGAGGUUUAUGAUUCAGACUAUGGAUUGACGACAUUGAUACUAUCUUUAUUGAAUCCUUUCAAUUGGUAUGUGAUUACAAGAUCAUUCUCCAAUAAUUUAGAAACAAUGCUCACUGUUAUUGCUCUUAGAUUUUGGCCCUGGGAUUACAAACUCAAAACAAGUAGUCGUUGGUUUAUCAGUUUGGGAGUUGGGUUGACUAGUUGUAUUAUUCGUCCUACGAAUAUUUUAAUUUGGUUACCAUUGGGUAUAUGGUUACUUUUGAAAGCUGAUCGUAUUACUUUCAAAUGGGUAUUGGUAUCGAUAAGUGAAGUUGUGUUAAUAUUAUGUAUCAACACAUAUCUAGACUAUUACUUUUAUCAAAAGUUGACAUUCCCAUUGUACAACUUCCUUGAAUUCAACGUGUUUAAGAACUUGUCAAUCUUUUACGGUUCUGCUCCAUGGCAUUUUUACAUUGGUCAAGCUAUACCAUUAAUGAUGAUGUUGUACCUACCGCUUAUGGUAUUUGGAAUCAGACUCAAUGUGUUGACAGUUACUAGCUUUAUCUACGUGGUUGGAUUUUCAUUAAUUGAGCAUAAAGAAUUUCGAUUUAUAUAUCCACUUCAACCAAUCAUGUUGUAUUUUUCUGCCAUUGGAUACCGGAAAUUAAAGCCAAGACGUUCAAUAAUAGCAAUUGCAAUAGUACUCAAUAUUUGUAUAGGUUUAUUUUUCACAUUGGUUAAUGAACGUGGAGUAAUUGAUGUGAUCCAAUACUUACAGAAACAACUACAACAAUCCCCAACUGAAAAAUCAAUUGGAUUCAUUACACCUUGUCAUUCAACACCAUGGCAAAGUCAAUUCCAUGAUGCAAAAUUAGACGCAUGGUUUUUAACCUGUGAACCACCUUUGCAUUUGGAUAAACCAUCAUCGGAAGAGAUUAGUAGUUAUCGAGAUGAAUCGGAUCAAUUUUAUGAUUCACCUUUAGAAUUUUUGCAAUUACAUUUAGGUAAUGAUUUACCAUAUCCUGAGUAUUUGAUAAUAUUUCAACCACUUGAGCAAUUAAUAGAUGAAAAUUUAGGAGAUGAGUAUUAUCAAUGUCAAAGAUUCUUUAACAGCUACUUCCAUUGGGAUAGUAGACGAUCUGGAGAUAUUAUAGUUUAUUGUAGGGACCACCGGGCCCAUGGUUAG